GAAGCAUUCGAACAGUAUAAAAAGCUCGCUGAUGACGAGAACCCCAACGCUGAAGCAAACUUCUACGUCGGCAGGUACCUUAUUGACGACAGAAUCGAUUACGAAAAUGAUCAAAAUGUGGGGAUAAGUUAUUUGGAAAUAGCGGCUCAACUUGGAUGUUAUGAUGCCCUUCAAUUUCAUGCUCAAGAGAAAAUCGCUGCAGCUAUGGAUCUACGGAAAAGUUUAAUGGAAGCGGGAAAACUCGCUGAAGCGGAUGUAAUUAUGGGAAAAAUGAAGACAGAGUGUCUGCCAAUGUUUCGCGAAGGGGCGGAGAAGGGUAAUCUGCGUUGUAUGAAAGAUUUAGCUGAUUAUGGAGCAAAGUUAGGAGAUAAAAAGAGUUAUGACGACGGUUAUAAAAUGUUAAAAGACAUAGUUGAAACAACGAAAGAUUCUAAGCAGAAAGAUAAAGCACAAGGAUUUUUGGAGAAGUUGGAACAGCACGAAGGCACAGUCAUGGGUUGA